CCUCUAAGAUAUUGCUAUGAUUUUCUUUUGUCAUUCUUACAGACUCCGCCGCGGUAGGCGCUCGUCGCCUUUCGAUUAAAAAAAAAACUUUUUUUUGUGUGUGAACUCCCACAAAUAGUAGUUUCUUUAAGCAACGGGAAAAUUCCUUUGAAAAUGAUCACAGCACUCACGGUCCUAGCAUUACUAGCCGUGCCCACCUUCGAGCAGGACUCCCAAGGCUCCACUCCCAUCUCGCCAUGUCCCAACGUGUUCAUGUACGAGCCUCCAGGGUCGGAGCCGGGAAGGUGGUACGGAGUGGUCAACCUGUCCACUGACAGUACGCUGCAUUCGCUGUGGUUGAAUAUCGUGCUGGAUAAUAAGGCUGAUAUACUUGGGAACUGGGUUGGCGAUGUCUCGACAACAGACAAUAAGGACUUCAAGAUUGAAAAUGCUGAAAUGCAAAUCAGCCCCGGCCCUGCUGUGGCCGUGCGGUUCUUCGUCCAAUUUAACCCCCUCAACAAGACUCCAAGACUUCAAGCCAUCAGACUGAAUGGAAGGGAGAUCUGUAAUGCCAACACUCCUAGGCCAGUCGACAAUGAUAGGCCUGACUUACAAGAGCCUGUGAGACGGCCUACAACACGACCUAACAUGGGGAUUGAUCUGAACACGACGCCCGUAAGAGUUCCGCCUAGGGAGUCUCCCAGUCCAGUUUUUCAGAGACCUAGCAACAAUGCUGUUCCUGCUAAUAUCCCCAACGACAACCCAUCACAAGACCUGGACAGACCGGGCAAUGGUUUUGUCCUCACCACGUUAAGACCAGAUCGCUGGUCUACCAAGAAGCCCGUAAGUACAACGUCGCGAGACACUGAUUACUGGGAAGGCCCAGCGUUCAUCACUUUACCAGCACAAGAUAGUACUAACUCUAAAACUCCUGGUGGGCAGGCUCAGUGCGGCAAAGUGGUGUUAAACCCAAUACCACUGGUGGUCAAUGGGACACCCACUUUGGAAGGCCAAUGGCCCUGGCAGAUUGCAUUAUACCAGACUCAGACCGUUGACAACAAGUACAUCUGCGGUGGUACUCUAGUGACCCAUCGUCAUGUGAUCACAGCCGCACACUGUGUCACCAGGAAGCAGUCACAGCGGCUGGUAGACCAGAACACCCUGACGGUCUACUUGGGGAAGCAUAACUUGAGGACUUCGGUAGAAGGGGUGCAAGUUAGAUUUGUAGGAAAAAUAACAGUGCACCCAGACUACAACGCGACUACAUUCAGUCGUGAUGUGGCCAUCUUGGAGCUCAGAGAGCCGGUGCAGUACUCUGAUUGGAUCCGACCAGCUUGUCUGUGGCCUGACAAUGAAAUCGCGCUGAAGAAUGUCAUUGGGAAGAAGGGUUCGGUGGUAGGCUGGGGUUUCGACGACACGGGCGUGGCGACUGAAGAGCUAAGCCUGGUGGAGAUGCCUGUGGUCAGCCAGGAGACCUGCAUCAGGUCAUACAGCGAGUUCUUCGUGCGCUUCACCUCGGACUACACUUACUGCGCCGGUUAUAGAGAUGGACUCUACAAUGAAAAAACCGGCGUUAGGGAAAGUACGUCAGUCUGCAACGGCGACAGCGGCGGCGGCAUGGUGUUCCGUCAAAACGGCAUCUGGUACCUCCGCGGCCUCGUCUCCUUAUCUGUGGCGAGGCAGAACGAGUACCGCUGUGACCCCACACACUACGUCAUAUUCACAGACUUAGCCAAAUUCUUGCCCUGGAUCUAUGCUACUGUGUCAGAUUUCUGAUCUUUUUAUUAAUAAAGAUUAAUUCUGUUAUUGG